UGUUGUAAUGACUCUAGUGUUGGAAAUGGAAACUCAGAAGCAACUUUUCCACUAUGCGAUAUUCGCUUUGAAACUGACAGGCAUGUGGCGACUUGGUACGCCGCAUUUUCCAAAUAUUUUCGAGUACAUUUAUGUAAUAUAUUCGUUAGUACUCAAGGUUAUUUGCAUGUCUCUGACGGUAUCGAUGGCUGUGGAUAUACCCAAUGUUUUAAGGACAGAUCCUGAUAAAGCUAUUGAUAGCAUAUCGAAAUUGACUUACUGCAUACUACUGUUUGCCAAGGUCCUUUCCUAUCCUAACAUUUCAAGAGAGAUACUACCUCAAGCACUGUCAUAUGAACGUUGUAUCUAUGACCAACACCAUUCAGCCACUAUGGAAAUUUAUACGAAACACGUCAAUUUCUGCCACACGUUGAGCAAAUUCUUUUACGUUUCCACGAUGUUCACUGGAACGGCUUUUUCUGGAUUUGGAAUCAUCAAUAGUCUUCAAUUUCACAAGCAUAACACUAACAGUAACCAAACUUUGAACAAACCUCUACCCUUACAACUGUGGUACCCGUACGACAAAAACAGGCACCAUGUGUGGGCACUCAUGCACCAAGUGGUAUCCAUUAGCGUAUGGACGAUUUUUAUUAUAUCGCUACAAGUGUUUAGUAACAGCACGUUGAUAUUUCUCAGGAGUCAGUUAAAAGUACUGCAAAACCAAUUCAGAAAUUUUAAUAAACAUGUCGGUGGUGAUGAGCAUGUACUGGAUAGAGGUAGGGCCGUUAUUAAGAGCUUGAAAGCGUUGUGCGUGGCACAUCAAAAUCUGCUUAGGUAUAUACAAGUUGUAAACGAAGCGUUCAAGGCAACGAUAUUUUUCGAAUACGCGGUCAUAUCCUUAAUCCUGGGGAUGGUGCUCUUCCAAAUCAUUGCGGGCUUGGAGGCGUCAUUAAACAGUACCUUCGGCUUUGUCGUAAUCAGUCAGCUCAUGUUAUUGUCAUGGACAACCGACGAAAUCGUAGUUCAAAGUUCCGAAUUAGCAAGCGCCUUAUACGAGAGCAAAUGGUUCGAACAGAAUAAGAAAUCGAUGUUAUUCAUUCGCUUUAUGAUCAUGAGGUGCCAGAAACCGAUUAGCAUCGAUAUAGGUCCGUUCGGUCCCAUGACGAUGUUUUCUGCGAUGAGUCGAUUAAAAUUGGCUUACUCGUACACGUCGGUAAUGCUAUAAAAUGCUAAAAAUCAGAGGUCACAUGGGAAUGUACAAAAAUGGAGACUCAUAAACAGGAUUGGAAUUAUUGCUCAAUGGAUAGUCACCCCCUUCGCAUGGACUUGUUAUUGUUAUAAAAUAGCGUUUUUAUACAUCUGUAACUUUUAACAAAGUUUACAGUAUACAUUGUAUUAUAUAAUUUAUUUAAAAUUUAGUCACAUAGGUUUUUGACUCCCCUCUAUCGGUUUUCAAAAUAUUAACUAUUUUCUUUGAAACAUUUUAAUUUCUUAUUGCAUGGUUAAUUGAAUAUUUUGAAAGCUGACAUAUUUCUUUGCAAUUUUCCAGGAUCCUAGGUACCAGUUCCCUGUGGAAGUUUUUCGCAAAACUGGCAAAAAAAAAUCUUUUUGAAGGGAUGCAUUGUUUAUUAUGAAAUAUUCUGACAAUUAAUUAAAACUGCUUACAAUUGAUAAAUAUUUGGUUUGCAAGGUUUUUGAAAUAAAACAUCUAAUUAGUUUAACAGCCGUAAGUAAGUAUGUAUUUAUUAACAACUAACAACAUUUAUUGGAUUGAAAAACAUUUAAUCCUGUUUAUCAUUUUUAAACUGAGCGAAAAAUGUUUCUAUUAUACGUUCAGUUGUUCAUUGAAUAAAAAAAUAAUUUAUGGUUUAUAACAAAAAGAAACAAGUUUAUAUAAUUACAUAAUUGUAUUAGUAGAGUGAGAUCCAAAGAUCCCAAAAUAAAAGAAAAUGUCAACAGGUUUACCUGUUUUAUUUUAUUGCCUUUAUUGUUUUCAGUGUAUUAAUAAAAACUCAACUUAAAUAGUUCAAUGACGACUCCCAGCUGCAAAUAGAUUUUAUUCUUGAAAAUAUAGACACGUCCCAAGAAAACUUUAACAGUGCUUAAACUCAACCUGUCUGUUCGGAUUGUUGACAGGCGAAAAAGUUAAACCAAAUAAUGAGAAAUUUUGGAGAAUUUCAAACAUCACAACAUAAAACCGUUUCAUUUCAAAAAUGGUUCUUCUGCUUCGGUCCAAAAUACUGAAAUGAACUUCCGUCAAAUGCGGCACGUCUGCCUUCAGCAAUAUUUGAAAAAGAAUGAUUGUUGUAAAAAAAUGUGCACCUUGCUCUCCCUUGCAUCCUUGAUUUUUUUUCUUUCUCCCUUUUCGUUUGUUUUC